AUCACAUGGUAUCGAAGAUCGAAGGAUGGAGAACGGUAGAUAAUCCGUAGCGAUCCGUGGACUGGCGGAAUACAGUCUGCAUCGGUCUGUAUUUCGUGUAAGCAAAGCUUUAGCAUUUCGUCAGUCAUCUCAGAGAUCUCAGACAUGGCUGGAACAGUAUGUGCUUGGUGGUGCAGCGUGUGCUUCUAGUGUUUGUUUAUGUUUGCUUCGUGUUUUAGAUCUCACUCUCAAAUGUCAACUUGAAAUCAUAAUGAUGGUUGCAAUGACAGCUAUGCUCGUGUCCGUUGCAGAACUGUCAAAUAUAUUUUCGGUGUUGGUAGUGUUGAUAUGUUUCUGUGCGAUGGUGUUAUUCAUAAUGCGGAACAUGAUGGUAUUCCGUCUCCAUGGGGAUGAGCUUGUGUUUGGCGGCGCCGUGCAUCCAGUGCAGCCACAAAUUCCACAGAUGAAGAUGAUGAAAGUUCACAUCCCUUUCACUUUCAAGCUGCAGGAGUCUUCCCGGUCGUCGUAUUCUGAUGUACAGUGCGUGAUAUCAAGCCAAGUGCCAUAUACCUUGGAGGCAUUUUGGGGUGUCUCCAUUCGAGAGUUGCAUCUCUCUCUCUGGCGACCAUGGAGUGUGGUGGAGGGACAGAUGAAGCAAGGAACAAUCCUCAAGGGUCACUACCAACACAAGGGGACUACCUUACACAAAACUCCUCAUGGAGAAGACGUAUUCACUUUGUUCCUUCCCCAGCCAGCGCUAGAGCUGGGCACACCUCCUCGGCUUUGCUAUCCUCUUGUUAUCUUCCUGAUCAGGAACGAAGGACGCACCAUGCAUCCAGAUGAAACGGUUGCCCUGGUAAAUGUGGUCCAUAUUAAGGACUCUGUGUGCACUUUGCCAACAAGUAUCCUCGCACAGUACUUGAAGCAAGCCAAUGGACAGCUGUCUUGUCUGAAGCAAUUAUACCUGGCCACUGGAAAUCCCCUUAAUUAUGAAGAUGAACCAUCAAUGUCACUUGGGAUACGAGAAAACUGCAGCACAAGUGAGAAUGGGAGAAUGCCACAAGGGGCUUCAACAACCUUGCUGUGCACAACAACCUCUGAUGAAGAUGGUGGAUCUGUGUGGAAUGCUGCAGGAGAACAGCUGUGUGUUGUUUGCCAAUAUUUCCCUUUGUCACGAGCUCUCCUGCCCUGUCGACAUACCUGCAUCUGUGCCAGUUGUUUUGGCAAGCUUGACAGAUGCCCCAUGUGUCGAAGCCCCAUUAGGAGUUACUUUUGCAUCAGAGGAGAGGAGUAUAUGCCCACAGAACCCGGGUCAGCGGCUUCUAAGCCACCACCCAUCUUCCGUUGGUUUCAGGACUGGAAUGAUAGACUUACAGAUUUUCUUGGCUUUCAUCGGUAAAAUUGUGGAAGAAAAUCCUUAUAUAUGAGUGAAAAAGGGCCAGGAAAUAUUUCCAGUUGCUUAAAGACAGACUUAUACAAACAGUUUCCCAUUGUGAUGU